GAGUCGCAUGGACGACACUGUUUCGGCGGCUGUUCCAAGACGAAGAAACCAACAGAAGAAACGCGUUGGGCUGGACUCAUCGUUUCUUCCCUCCGCAUUUUCCUCGCCUCUCGAUCCGCUGCGCCGGUGCCUCCGCCCGCCGCCCGCCGCCAUGCUCACCGCGCGUGUCUGCUCCUCCUGCACGCGAACCUUUCCCGCGCGCCAGAGCCCUGAAUUUCUUUCGCGCACUUCCAAAUCCUAUCGGCACCAAAGCUCCAUCCCUCCAUCCAUAUAUCUCGCCGCCCCAAUUUUUCCCCAUUCACUCACUGAGAAAGAAAUCGUCCAAAUCCCUCUGCUUGCCAGCUACAAUCAGCAAAACCAGUCACCAAUCCUUAGUUCCCGUGGAAGAACUCCUCCCCAAGCCGUGUGCAAGGAUGAACCCAACGGGACCGAAGAAGCAUCAAUCGAGAUCCUGUCGGACCGUCGUCGAAUCGGCCGCCCUUGCUCCGGCUGUCGAUGGUGCUGCAGGAGCCGACGGUGCUCCUGAAACCAGUGCUGCUGUUGGUGGUGCUGCACGUGCUAGCGGUCCAGUCGUUGGUUUUCCUGCCGCCGGUGCCACCGGUGCUCAUCCUGCCAUGUGGUCAGGAUCCUCUCGUGGCAGCUCUGAAUGGUGGUUUCGUGAAUUUUGUCCAGGGUACUAAGUUUCCACCGUUUACCCAACCACAUCCAUUUGUGAACUAUCCUAAUGGAAGUCAGCUACCUGAAAAUUUCCAUUUUGUUAGUGGAACAACAAGCCAUUCUACCAUGCCACCAACAGAUGGAUGUUCUAAAGGGACUCCAUCACCAACCGGGAGCUCAGGUACUGCACAAAUGGGAUCACAAGAUAGAAAAACAAUUGAUGUUGAGGAUGAUGGCACCAUACAGCCUGCUAGAUCCAAUGGUCAGUCCAAUGUAAGAUCGAUUGCAAGAUCCACUGCUACACCAGAUGCUAGAUCAGAUAGGAGAUUGAAUUGGUCAAUUGAAGAAGAUAUCAGAUUGGUUAGUGCUUGGCUGCACAAUUCAAUUGAUCCGGUUGAUGGAAACAAUAAGAAGUCAGAUCAAUAUUGGUCAGAUGUUACUUCAACAUAUAACAGCAGCACAAAGUGCAACCGUAUGAGAAACCGGAACCAACUCAAGCUACGUUGGGAGCGCAUUAAGAAACCAGUUACUGAAUUCAAUGGCUGCUAUGCAAGAAUCACUAAAGUACAUCAAAGUGGCAUGAGUGACGACCAAAAGAUGGAUCAAGCAAUGCAGCUAUAUGCCUAUGAACAUAGUGACAGGCCUUUCACCUUGUUGCAUGUAUGGAGAAUAGUACGGCAUGAGAAAAAGUGGUCUGCAUAUGUGAAGAAACUUAGCAAGGAAAAGAAGAAUAGUAAACCUUCUGACCCAGCUCAUGUUGUGAAUGUCGACGAUGCUACAAAGCAGCGUCCUAUUGGACAUAAGAAGGCCAAAGAUGAGCGGAAUGGAAAACGGAAGGAACCAGAAGCUAUUUCUGCUAUCAGUGAUAAGCUAGACAGGUUCAUUGAAGCAAGUAGCAAGGCUGAGAAGAUUGUAGAGGUGCAUGAAAAAUUGGCAAACAAGAAGCUAGAAGUAGCCAAGGAACAAACAAAGAGUAAAAUGAUAGACCUUUACAGGGACUUAUUGUGUCUUCCAACAAGUGAUCUUAGUGAUGAAGCAAAGGCUGAGAGAUCCAAAGCAUUGGAGUGCAUGACAUUGGCCCUAUUUGAUCAAGAAGGGGCAAGGAAAGAUGAUGAGUGUGCUUUUGGUAUUUUGCAAUCUCGCUUUAGUAUUUUGAAACGACCUGCACGUCUAUUUGAUCAAGGGGACCUUGAGAAUAUCAUGCUAGCUUGUAUCAUCCUUCACAACAUGGUAAUUGAAGAUGAGAAAGAUGUGGAGCAGAUUCCUCUUGAUUUAAAUGAGACACCAAGCACGUCAUCUAUUCAAGAAGCUACAAUGUCCCAAGGACAUAACCCAGAGAUGGAACAAGUGAUAGAAAGAAAUGCCAUUAUUCGUGAUCGUACUGCUCAUAGACAACUUCAAUCAGACUUGAUUAAACAUAUCUGGCUAAAGUUUAGGAAUUCAAGUUAAUUCGGUGAUUGUGCAUCAUUUAAAGUCUAGUUUACAAUCUGUGUGUCACAUAUACUACUUCAUAUAUAGCCUAGUUAUAGAAGUUCAACUAAAUAAGUUGUCAUUUUUUCCUCACUGUGAUUUGUCUACUUAUUUUGAUACUGACUUCUAUUCCUUUUUCUGCAGAUCAAGUCCUGAUAUUUUGGUGUUGCCUGCGCUGCUUGGUGGAUGAGCUGCUCCUAUUUUCUGGAUGGAUGAAGUGCUCCUGUCCACUGAUGUCAUGAGACUACCUAAAUUAUGAUAUUUAUGUUCCUUUAUUUUGAUGAACUGCUGUAUGAGACUAUCAGUUUCAGUCAUCACUUUGUUACUUUGUUAUCUACAUAACUGCUUAUUUAUCUUCAAGUUAGUUGGUGUCAACAUGAUAUGCUUAUGUGCACCUGGUGUCUUUUUUAUUUAAGUAAGAUGGAUGCCAAUGAAUAUUGCCACAA